AUGAAAUUGUAUACUCGUGACAGUGUAAUUAAGCAUAUGUCUGAGAUUUUUAGUGAUAUUCCUGAUGUGAUCAUAGGAGAUAUUUUUGAUUAUUUAGUUAAGGAAAACCUUAAACUAUGUAAAAAGUCUAAUCAUGCUAAAGGUAAUAGUUAUGAAAAUGAAAUGAUUGAAAUUUGUAAUCACUUAUAUGAGAAAUUAUCUGAAAUUUCAAUUAAAGAAAGUUACAAUAGCGAAUAUAUUCAUUUUCAAGAAUCUUCAAAUUCUUGUGACUUUGACCGAUAUAAUCUGGAUUUAGACAAUAAUAUAAAUUUUAAUAGAUACUUAAAUUUAAAUGUUUACUUUAAUCAGAUUCAAAAUCAUGGAUUGGAUUUUUACGAAAAUGAAUUUUUUGAUCAGGAUAAUAAGAUGUCAUAUUUAUCAGUAUGUUCACAAAAUAAGCAAAUUACUAAUAAUAACCUUAAUUCUUUAAAAAACACUAAUUUACAAAGAGAACUACUUAUACUAAAAAAAAGACCUUGGAAUAUCUUUCAAAUUCAAAGUGAGUUAAUUAGCCAUGAAAUGAAUAUGUUUAGUAAUAUUUUAAACCGAAUUUUCAAUUCUCCAAGACUAUUCAAAGUUAAAGAAAGCAAAAAUAAGAAAUGGCCUCCUGAGGGACCUGGAAAUGAGUCGAGUUUAAUACCAAUUAAAGAAAUAAAUAUUAAUUCGAAAAGUAAGGAAAGUAUAGAGCAAAUAGAAUUUAUGCAAAAUCAAAUUCGGGAUUUGAAUUUAUCUUUGGAAUUAAAACAUUCUGAGCUUAAUCGAAUUAUAAAUCAAUCAAAUAUUAGUGAAUAUAAGUCAAUUAAAAUUCAAGAAUUUAAAAAAAAGAUUCAGUCAAUUAAAAUAGAAAGAUUAAAUCUUCAAAAAAGUCUCUUUAAUCUUGUUUUUAACUCCCAAAAUAGCUCCUUUAUUGAUUUCUUUUCAACCAAAUCGAAUCAUGAUUCUAAAGUUGUAAUUGAUUUACAUAACUUUAAUAGAAAUGAAGCAAUCAGUUUAGUUAUUUUUAGUAUUAUCAUGAUCCUCAAGUAUAGAUUUCAAACUGACUUAGAGAAAGUAUUCUCAAAAAAUAGUAGUAAUUUUGAAGUUAAUCAACAAGAACUUGAAUCUUCACAAAAAUCAUUUAAAGGAAAUUUUAUUGAUAUUUACUUUUGUGUUGGAAUUGGUAAUCACAAUCAUCUUAAUGGAAAUAUUGACCCUCCUAAACUAGCCAGUUUAAUUAGAAGAAUUUCUUUUGCUUUAAAUUUGACUUGGAGAUUUGGUUCUAUUGGAUUUAUUAUUUUAAGAAUACAAGACAAUAUAAAUUGGUAUAGAUUUAUCCAAAAGUUUCUUGAAUAA